UGAAAUGUUGGGAGAGGCAGAGGCGAGGCGAGGGAAAUCUCAAAGUAACUGGAGAGCAAAGUCUACAACCCAGUAACGGAAGAGUGUAAUUUACUUUCUCUGGUUGAAUCCGUUUGGUGUUUUAUUCAUCAACUGGGCCGACGAGUCGCACGGCCUUCUCGGAGUUUCCAAAGCGUCACCAUAGCAACACUCCCGGGUCAGAACCAACUGCCGAGCCGGGUCAGUUGCUCCAGUCCGGGGCCCGAGCCCACUACAGAGAUACCCUCAUGGCAGGAGCCGGUGGUGGGGCCAGUGAUGUGCAGUGGUGCUUUUCCCAAGUCAAAGGAGCCAUAGACGACGACGUCGCUGAAGCUGACAUCAUUUCUACGGUUGAAUUCAACCACUCUGGGGAGCUGCUGGCCACGGGGGACAAGGGGGGUCGAGUUGUCAUCUUUCAGCAGGAGCCAGAGAGUAAGAAUCAGCCGCAGUCCAGAGGAGAGUACAAUGUUUACAGCACCUUCCAGAGCCACGAGCCCGAGUUUGACUACCUGAAAAGCCUCGAGAUCGAGGAGAAGAUCAACAAGAUCCGAUGGCUGCCCCAGAAAAACGCUGCCCAGUUCCUCCUGUCCACAAACGAUAAAACCAUAAAACUGUGGAAAAUCAGUGAGCGGGACAAGAGACCAGAAGGCUACAAUCUGAAGGAGGAAGACGGCCGAUACAGAGAUCUCAACACGGUCACAACACUACGGGUACCAGUAUUCAGGCCCAUGGACCUGAUGGUGGAAGCGAGCCCUAGACGGGUGUUUGCGAACGCUCACACCUACCACGUCAACUCCAUCUCCGUCAACAGCGACUGUGAGACGUACCUGUCGGCAGACGACCUGCGCAUCAACCUGUGGAACCUGGAGAUCACCGACCGCAGCUUCAAUAUCGUUGACAUCAAGCCAGCCAACAUGGAGGAGCUGACGGAGGUGAUCACAGCGGUGGAGUUCCACCCCAACCAGUGCAACACCUUCGUCUACAGCAGCAGCAAGGGCACCAUCCGCCUGUGUGACAUGAGGGCGUCGGCGCUGUGCGACAAGCAUGCCAAACAGUUUGAAGAGCCAGAGGAUCCAAACAACCGUUCAUUCUUCUCUGAAAUCAUUUCCUCCAUCUCUGAUGUGAAGUUCAGCCACAGCGGACGCUACAUGAUGACCCGCGACUACCUGUCCGUCAAGAUCUGGGAUCUCAACAUGGAGUCCCGGCCAGUGGAGACGUAUCAGGUGCAUGAAUAUCUCAGGAGUAAAUUGUGUUCCCUCUACGAGAACGACUGCAUCUUCGACAAGUUUGAGUGCUGUUGGAACGGCAACGACAGCGUGGUGAUGACCGGCUCCUACAACAACUUCUUCAGGAUGUUCGACCGCGGCUACCGGCAGGACGUCACCCUGGAGGCGUCGCGGGAGAACAGCAAGCCCCGGUCGGUCAUGAAACCUCGCAAAGUAAGCACGGGUGGGAAGCGCAAAAAGGACGAGAUCAGUGUAGACAGUCUGGACUUUAACAAGAAGAUCCUCCACACUGCCUGGCAUCCUCAGGACAACAUCAUCGCCGUGGCAACCACCAACAAUCUGUACAUAUUCCAGGAAAAACUGAACUAGCCUUUGUUGCUGAACCGCUCCGAUGCCAGUUCCCUCUGCUCUGAUACACGCGUAUACACAUCCGUCUUUUGGCUAAAUCCCCGAGUCUUGAUACAAUCUGCCGUCAGUGACUUUAGGUUUGAAAGGGACUCCCUCUGUAAGUGGCACUAACACAGUUCACCCAGGCAACGCCUUCUCAUGAACGGGUUCGUGUGAUGACGUAUGAAAACUUAUGCACAACAAUUCGUAUGUUAUCCCACAAAAAUGACGUGACGGCCAGUCACAAAGUGGUUAAAGGUCCCAUGACAUGGUGCUCUUUGGAUGCUUUUAUAUAGACCUUAGUGGUCCCUAAUACUGUAUCUGGAGUCUCUUAAUAUAGACCUUAGUGGUCCCUAAUACUGUAUCUGGAGUCUCUUAAUAUAGACCUUAGUGGUCCCUUAUACUGUAUCUGAAGUCUCUUUAUA